GAAGCGUGCUGUCAGAAGUCUGUUUCAAUGUGAUAGGCAACAUCCUCUGUAGAAAAAGGAGCAGUGGUUUAGAGCCCACUAAAAUCGACUUUUCAAACGUUGAUGCUGAAAGGCUUUAAUACUUUUGGAUUGUAGAAACAAAAAUAUACAGGAUGGAGGAAAUGCUUCUGCGAGCGUGUGUAGUAGUGUUCAGCGUGCUGUACAUCAAGGACCACACUGUCUAUCAGGAGCAGGAGGAAAACAUCUUCAUAGACAUGCAAGAGCGGGAAUAUUUGCUGCAGAAGGAGACGGCCAAGCUAGAGCAGGAAAUGCAUCAGGUGACCACAGGGCGGCCACAUUCAAAUCAGGAAGUGUCGCAAAGUCAUCGCAGGUUGAAAAAUGAGGAAGGGGAUGAUACAGAUGUUCAAGUUGAAAAUCCACCAGAACACCAAAUGGAUGUUUUACACAUUCAGGGUAAAACAGUUCCGCAUCCUGAUACUAUGCCUUCAGAGGUACAACGUGGAGUCACAGAGGAUGUAGAUUUACCCCCAGGAAAUGGAGUACAGCCAGAACUUGUAAAAGCCUUUGAGAACGAAAUAAAGAACAUUCACGUGGAGGACAUAUCAGGGCACAAGAAGGAACCGUCGCACAAUGAUCAGAGAACAGAGACACCAAAUGAAGCCAAAACUAAAGCAGGCCAAGGAAAUGCUCAUUCUUCUUCUUUUGAUCAAGUAGAAGGAAUGUUAAACCAAAUGACAUCUGAAGACAAUCCACACAGAAAAGUUGAAAAAAGCACAGAAGAUAUAAAUGAGGAACAGUCCACUAGCUCAAGCCAGCAGUCAACAGAAAACACUUACAACUGGUAUUUAUUGAAAAUUCUUUCCAUACUAUCAUUGAUCCGCUUCUUCAAGAAAUACAUAACCAAAAGCUCACAAAGCCCAGGAACAGCAUUUCCAAUCAAACGCAAGACUACAGGUAGAUCUACUGCUAUGUUUUCAGAAAUAUGCAUUCCUGACCACCAAGUAUUAAAUAGCUUUUAUGAUCAGUGUGUAAAAUUACCUCAGAGCACACGUGGCCGAGUAUGUGAAUUUGUUGAAGGUUUUGUGGAUGAACUUUUGGAAGCUGCAAGAAAAGCUAGCAAUAAAGAAUCUGACAUGCUUAUUGGUGACUUUAUUGGUGUAGGCAGUGUAUAUGAGCUUUGGGCUACAGGAAAGACUGUGGUGUGUGACUUGUACGUACCCAUAACUGCACCAAGGUCACACAGAUUUGAUGUUGAACUUUGGAAGGAGAAAGAUGCUUUACUUUUGGGUUUAGGUAAGAUCAAAAUGGUGAAGGCUGUAACUACUUCAAACAUUUGCCCUUGCAUGAAUGGGAAUCCUAAUGAUGAGGAUACAUUAUGUCUUCUUCAUCCUCAAAGUGAGACAAGCAAAGCUGGGGGAAAUAAAGCUGAGAGUUCACUAUGCCAAGAAAAUACAUAUCUUUCUAAAAAACAAGUAGUGACAUGGUUCAGGACAAUGAUUAUCAAAGCAUGGGGAGAAAUCAGUCACAAGUAUGAACUUGAGCUAAGAUUUCAUAGCCGGGUGGCUCCCGGGGCUUUGAGAGUGCGAUUCCGAUCAGGGCAGGUUAUUCUAUUUAAUAUUACACCUGUAGUCCAAGUUGAAGCUUCCAAAGUAUAUUUAGUCUCUUUUCUUUCAACUAAUCAAAACAUCUCAGACAUUGACUGGCCCAUUUCUUUUGCUAGUUAUGAAAAUGCUCUCCUUCAAUACUUCAGUAAAACUCUUCCCUACAAAUCAUGUCAUAUUGAGUGUCUCCAAAUCCUCUCAUUUCUACACAAACAGCAAACGUGUCUAACCGGGAAAUGUGGGCUUACAAACCAUCAUCUUAAGUCCACGUUGUUGCAUCUGUUGAUGUACAAUCCCACAGAAUGGAAACAUGAGCAGCUAAUGUGCAGACUGACCGAUAUGCUCGCAUUUCUUGGGCAGAGACUUCAAGAAAAAGAACUUCACCAUGCUUUAGUUGGAAAUGUACUUGUUCCUAAAGAUAUUGGGCUUCCCAAAGAAUUUCUAACAGCAAAGCCAACCAAUCUUUUUUUCCCGAUGGUUUUGGAUGAAGAACAUUACAAGAGAACUGUCCACCACUUUCAAGAACUAGUGAAAAAUGCACCUGUGCUUAUCCAGGAGUAUGGUUCAAUUAAAAGCUCAUUACAAAGGAAGUGAAACAGUACUUGACAUUUAAAAAUGACUGUACCCAACCCAUAAGUAACCCUUGCAAGUGGUGUAUUACUAUCCAACCAAAUAUAAAGCCAUUGCUGCAUUGACAAGUUGUGUGCUUGCUGACCAAGUUGUUUGUUAAUGAAUGUGCUGUAUGGUUCAUUAAAACAAGUUAAUAACUAAAGCCACCACCAUUGAAGUUCUUUGAACACUGCAACACUUUUGACCAACAAGGCUUUAUUAUGCAACAUGUAAUUAAAAAGCAAAAAUGCAUCAUGCAUUAAUAAAGCAUUUCCUCAUCAAAGGUGUCCCAAAACAUCUCAAACCCUCCACGAUGCAGGGGCUCUUCACCUAGUUUAAAGGAUUUCGGUGGAAGUUGGUCAGUCUGGCUCUUCUCAACAUUCCAAGAGUUGCUGGAGA